UUUGUUUCGACUUGCGGGGGCCCCUUUCACCGCUUUCACUACACCCACGCAAAUUUACACGACUUUACGCCUUUUACUCGUGACUGUGGCCAGCGCGUUGCUUGUGCUAGAAGCUCCUUUUGUUCUGCGGCGAUGAACGGUGUUUGUGCAACUGUGAAACCCGUAAUCGUGUCGUGAAAGAGCUCGUGUGUGUGACCGGGUGCUGGGCUUGCCGCGUUUGUCAGCUCACCGCGCCCACUGAUAUCGGCCCGAUACCGACGCAAUAUGGGACUGCACACCAUUCUUAAGAAGUUGAGACGCAAGGAGAAGGAGGUCCGAGUCCUCAUCCUAGGGCUGGACAAUGCGGGCAAGACGACGCUGCUCAAGAGACUCAACGGGGAGGACACGUCCGAAGUGUCGCCCACGCUUGGCUUCAACAUCAAAACCCUGGAGCACCGAGGGUUUCGCCUCAACAUGUGGGACGUGGGUGGCCAGAAGUCCCUGCGGGGCUACUGGCGCAACUACUUUGAGAGCACCGAUGCCAUCAUCUGGGUGGUGGACAGCGCCGACCGGCGCCGCAUGGAGGACUGUCACCGGGAGCUGAGGUCACUCAUCUGCGAGGAGAAGCUGCUCGGAAGCAGUCUAUUGGUACUGGCCAACAAACAAGACCUGCCGGGGGCCCUGCCCCCUGACCAGAUUGCAGAGGCACUCGAACUGUCGGCCAUCAACAACCUCCACUGGAAGAUGGUCGGCUGCAGCGCAUUCACGGGCAUGGAAGGACUGCUGGACGGCAUGGACUGGAUGCUCGACGACCUCUCCAGGCGCCUGUAUUUCAUGGACUGAGGCACAGACUCAUCAACUUCAACUUACUACUUGUCGGUUCCUCAUUGGUCGGCAGACCACAGCAAAGAGUGGUUGUACAUAUUACGUCUCUCACGCCUAGCGAGUGGUUUGCCGUCAACUUGGGUUUGUGAAAUCAGCUAAUAGCUGAUUGUCAGUGUUGUCUUCCGACGGAUUGAAAAUGCUGACUGGUAUUUCGCGGAUGAGAAAGGCCCAAGAGGCUGCAAAGGUACCGUUGUUUACAUUUAUAACUGUCACCUCAGUCGCCAAGCACUGCACCUAAGGUGCUGCUUCGUGAGGGAGACUUCAUGUGCCAGUUCCAAGGGGCAAACAGUCUCUUGCAUCUUCGGGAAUGUGCGGCGCGAAGGCUACAUUCAGAGAAGUGUUUGCUGUGUGUUGUGGACUGUAUACUUUGUGUUUGGUGUUCAUUAAAUGUUAAAGGUAAUAAAACUAUCAUGUCCUUUUGUACCGUGCA